GGCGGUCAGCUGACUGACCAGGCUGGAGACAUCAUGUCCCCAAACUUUCCAGAAUCGUACCCAGAUAAUGCUUACUGUGCUUGGGCCAUAACUGUGGAAUCCUAUCAGAUUAUUGAUUUCAGAUUCAAACGACUUGAUAUUGAAAGACGUGACGAACAGUACUGUAUCGAUUACCUGAAACUGUACGACGGUCCUGACUCGAAUUCUACACUGAUCGGCACAUACUGUGGUUAUCAAAAUGAUGCGGACGCCUUGAAUGUGAUCGUGAGGACUACCGGCUAUCAGUUGUAUGUGCAGUUUGUAUCAGACGAAUCUGGGUCAAGGCCAGGCUUUAGUGCCUCGUAUGGGGCUCUGGAAUGUCCACCAUUUUACUACGGACGCGAUAAAUGCGAGUCACCAUGUGUAUGUGUUCAAGAAAACACCCAGUACUGUGACAAUAAAAAAGGUGCUUGCUACUGCCAAUCUGGGUGGUUUGGUUACGACUGUUCCAUUGACACUAACGAGUGUGAGGACCCCAACAUAUGUGAAGACGUCUACUCCGUUUGCAACAACACAAAGGCUGGCUACGAUUGCUUGUGUAAACCUGGGCUACAGAAAAACAGCACGGGAGCAUGCAAAGCUGCUGUUAACGAAUGUACUACUAAGAAAUGUUCUCAUUAUUGUGGUGUGACAUCAAAAGACCCGUGGACCGAAGUUUGCAGCUGUCCCAAGGGAAUGAGGUUAAAUGCUACUGAUCAACAGACUUGUAUAGAGUGUGAUAAUACGACCUAUGGAGACAACUGCGCCUUGGGCUGUAACUGUUACUACGACCACACAAAGUCCUGUAACAAAGAGAACGGACUCUGCACCUGUAAGCUGGAAUGGACAUCAUCAAACUGCUAUGAAGAUGUCGAUGAGUGUAGUCUAGAGAAGCCGCCUUGCACAAAAGAACAUGAUAACGCUUUUUGUUACAAUACUUGGGGUUCUUUUGAAUGUCGAUGUGUUAGAAAUUUUGAGGUGUUCAAUGAAACGUAUUGUAAUGAAUGCGGUAAAACCUUUACAGAGACUUCAGGUAAAAUAGAUUCUGGAGUUUACUCUGGUGGCUAUUUGGGAGUAGAGACUCAGUUGUGUAACUGGACGAUAAUAGCUCCGCUUGGUCAGGUCAUUACUUUAAAUCUGCAAUUCAAAUACCAAAUAGAGAUACUACUAUGAUUCUCUCUAUUUAUAUGAUGGAGACAACGCCAAUGCAACGCUUCUAGUUUCAUUUAGCUAUGAAUACUAUUAUGGUUACUAUCCUUACAUCGGACUGAUCCGAUCUUCGGGCAAUGCAAUGUUAAUAAUUAGAAAUGCACAAGAAUAUAUAUAUAAUUCCAAUGGUUUCACAGCGUAUUAUUGGAUGCAUGAGUGCCCGAAUUGGUUUUACGACGCCAAUUGUUCAACGCCCUGCUCAUGUAAUAGCGACAACACUGAGCGAUGUAUUAGCACCACUGGUCAAUGUGUUUGUAAACCAGGCUGGACAUCA